ACCCUAAAAACUCCGAACUUAAAACCUCCUUCUCACAAACACAGGUAGACAGCACAAGGAAAUCAAAGAAUGGCGUCAGAGGGGAGAAAGCGACUGUCGCUCCGAAGCAACGGCGAAGAACAGAGCAUGCUUUCGAGGGUGUCGCAAUCGGAGAUCGUGCAGCAGACGAAGCGCGUGGCGAUCGACGCGUCGUCGGUGACGAAGAAGCUGGCGAAGAGCACGGGGAAGGCGGCGUGGAUAUUGGGAACGACGUUCCUGAUCUUGGGGGUCCCACUCAUCAUCGCCAUGGAUCGCGAGCAGCAGUUCAACGAGUUGGAGUUGCAGCAGGCCAGCAUCCUCGGUUCUCCUCCCCCUCCUCCCGCCUUCAACUAAAAACGUAAACCCUGACCUCCGCCAUCCCUCAGCUCCUCACGGAGGCUCUUCCUCUCCGUUGGUCGCCUUUUCUUUUUCACUUUUUAUUUGUGUUAAAUUGUAGUUUUUAUGGAUGUUAGUUUUGUUUAUGGAUGUUAAUUUUUAUUGAUGAACGGAUUUGUUCGAUGAA